CAACGCCGGUCGAACAAAUAAGAUAAUGCCGCCGACAGAAGAAGACAUCGCUUGGUUCCGGUCGACCUUCCAUCCUAUUCCCAAACCUGCUUUGCCUGAUGAUACUAUUGAAUACUCGGCCUACAUACUGUCUCCCUCGGCCGACGCGAGCAACGACUCCGAAUUGGGCCCUCGAUUACGCAAUGUACAGAAGUAUGCGACAGAGCUGCAUAGGCAGUACUUGAAGGAAUACGUAUGGCAACGCCAGGUGUUCUCAUUAGAGCUCAAAAAAGAGGAUGGUGAGGGCUGAGUUUUCUACAAGGCCGAACCGAAUAUGGCGACUCCGUUGAAGACGAAUGGGUAAUAGUGUGGAUGCUGCGUGAGCUGACACGCAAGUUCAACGACCUCUGGGUCAAAGUCACGGACAGCGAUGGCGAAUUCCUCCUGAUCGAAGCAUCCGGUACCCUACCUGCCUGGCUUGAACCGGACGUCGCAGAGAACCGUGUCUGGAUCAACAAUGGUCAGCUCAAAGUUAUUAAGCCAGCUGCUGCUGCGAGAUCGUCGAGACGGACAGAGGAGAAGUUAUCUCUUGCGCAGGCUAGGGAACUACUGCUGCAAGAACCAAAGAGAAUCAUGCACUCGACAAGCAUGGAAGAAGAAGCAUUCUUCCGACUGCGGAACUAUCCGUCCCAAAUCGCAGAAAACAUGCAUCAUGCUGUGGUCACGCUGCCCCGGAAACUUGCGUUCUUGCUCCAUCAAAAACCGGCAUAUAUCUCGCCCGCUGUGGAGGCAUUUUAUCUUCGAGAUCCCAUCGCUCUCAAGCCACUUCAAAAGAAGGAGAACAAGGACGCCAUGAUCUUCGCGCCGCAGGAUUUUGUCAAUGUCAGCGCCAAAUUCCCACGUGUGGCGUAUGCACAGGUCAAGUCGCAGGAUUUCCCUGCACCUGCUGUCUUUGCUGGCACGUUGCCUUCGAAGACAGAGCCAAUAGCAUACGCUCGAGCAGCAACGGGUAUGAAGGUAACUUGUGGUUUCGAGAUACUGGUCACGGACCCACAGUAUCAGGAUCGACCAGCUGUUCGCGAGAUGAAGAUGCUGCUGGAGGAUCUAGAGUUAGGAGACGAGGUAUUACCUUCUGACGCCGACAUCGAGAAAUGGGAUCACAGGGAAGACGACGAGAAGUGGCUGGACAUCGACUUUGACGAUCUGCAGAAGGAGCUUGGUGGCGAGAAAGGCAAGAAAGCCGGUUUUGGAGAUAAAGCCACGCAGGAGAAUCUGCAGCGCAUUGUGAAACAGUUCGAAGAGUUCUUGAAUGAUGACAAGUCUGGGCCAGACGCUGCAGGACUGUUUAGUGAGGACAGUGAUGGUGAUGGUAUUGAUGACGACCCUGACGAUGAAGACGACGAUGAUGAGGGGGAGGAUAAGGAGGCCAGCUUCGGCGAAGAGGAGUUCACGAAAAUAAUGCAGGAGAUGAUGGGUAUGCCUCCGGAGGUUAUGAAGGAGAUCAUGACAGGGAAACUGGGGCCAGGAGCGCAUGAGCCUGCGAGCCGGGUGAAUUUACGACAGCCUCCCGACCUGGCCGGACACGUGGAGGAAAUCGAGGAAGACUCUGACGAGGAAGGGAAUCAGGACAUGCAGACGUUCGUGAGGCAGAUGGAGAAGGAGCUCCGAGGGUCAGGAGCUUUAAAUUUAGGUUCGCCUUCCAGCAAACCUGGCGCCGGCAAGCAAACUGCGAUCGAAGGCUCCGGGCGGACGGCGGAAGACGAGGACGAAGAGCAUGACUUGUCCUCGGACGACGAUAUUGACAACGAGAUUGACAUUGACCUCGCAAGGAAUCUACUUGAAAGUAUGAAGGCGCAAGCUGGCACAGCUGGUCCCGGGAGCAACCUCAUGAGUAUGAUGGAAGUCGAUUUGCCGGAAACUGAAGACGACCACGAUGAGGAUGAGGUUCGGGCUGGACCGAGCGGCACGAAGAGGUAAUGGUACGGCUCGACAUGGAAACAGUAGAAGAUGAAGACCACUUGGUGGACGCCAAAAGCAUAUCUUCUCCUGUUCUUAAGCGCUUGUCGGCCUCCGCCAACGUACCAUAACUUCCAACUCCUGUUUUCUGCCUCACCCACACAAUCAACCUGCACGACCACGGAUGGUACGCGCAAGACUUCCUGCAAAUAAUGCAAAAAAACUUAUUCCACCCUACCAGGGGUCGAACAUCUGUCUUUCGACAGGCUCGUCUGGGUUACGGUUAACGGGUGGGAAGUUAAACUCUGACACCUCUUUCGCGGGUUGGUUUUUUUGGUGGUGUUUCUCUACAUGAACCACAACCCUUCUUCCAAAGCGCCCAUUAACUCUGAAACCACCUACACCAGUAGUGGUCAAGAAGCGGAUGACUUUGUCCAGGUUAUUGAGGGAAAAUCGAGGAAUACAAUAUAUAUCCUUUAUACUGCCGCACCAAUAUAUCUGUAUGGAGACAGGUAUGCCGAACAGCGGUGUGGUUACCCAGUCUCUCUAAUUCACGAGCAGACGAGUGGAGAAAGAGUGCCGAGGGAGUGCAGUCGUUACAUGAAGCAAGCUAUUCAAUAUCCAGUCCUGCCCUCUACCACGCCAUACGCACCAGCUCCCUUACUAAACAUCUCUCUCACAUCUGCCACGAUAUCCAUCGGGCACUCCCACGCCGCGAAGUGGCCCCCUGAACUAUGGUCCUUCUCAAAAACCACGUUUCCCAACGUCCUUGUCCAUGUACUUGGCAGAACGUGGAUGUCACGCGGGAAGUGGCUGUACCCUAUCUUGACGCCGGGAAGCCACAUUCGAAGCUGUGCUCGUGUGAGCCUCUGCCCCCAAAAACCCUGGCGAUCCAUUUCAUAAUAUAUCCGGCAGCUCGCGGCUGGUCCGG